AUGAAGAAAUUUAACAGGAAAUUAGAGAACUUCAUUACAUCAUAAGAUUAAUUUGGAUAGCAGAUAUCUUUUACAUACAAAAAUAGCUCGAAUUUUUAAUCUUUAUUUGGUGGAAUAGUCACUCUGAUUUUUAGGGUUGGUAUCCUUAUAUUCUUGAUAACAGAGGUUAUUAAAGUAAUUUAGAAAAAAAGUACAAUCACGAGUUCAUAUUUUACAAGAAAUCUUGCUCUUGAUACCAGGCACAUAGAUGCAAACGAGGAAAUAUUUGAUAUUGGUUUAAACAUCUUAUCAGUUAAUAAAACAGUUGAAUAGAAUUUUCAAAGAUUUAUUGAUGUUCAAAUUUCUUAAACAAGCUUUGAAUGGGUUAAUAAUAGUUAGGAUUAUGUUUCUACUGACAAACCAUAUACUCUCGGUAAGUGUGAUAAGGGCAGAUUUCUGGGAGAAACUGUUCAAACUUAGAGCCUAGGAAUACCUGAUACAUAUUAUUGUCCUCAAAAUUUAAAAACAACUUUUCAAGGAUAAUUUUCAACCAGAAAAUCUCAAUACUUAACAAUUGAAGUAAAAAAAUGUAAUAACCUUAAAAAUCCCUCUGUAAAAUGCGCUAGUGAAGAAGAGAUAAAGAAAGCAUUCGAUUUGAUAGAAAUUAACAUUGUAAUCACCAAUCAGUUUAUUGAUGUCAAUGAAAAAUAUAAAAAUCCAGUGAAAACAAUACUGAAAAACUUCUAUGCUACUUCAAAAGAAGGACUAAAUCAAGCUUAUUAAUUAAAGUUCGGAUAGAAUUUUCUUAUUUAAAGUACUUCCUCAUUUUCCAAUUAAUUUGGCCAGGAAAAUAUCACUUACUAUACAGUUAGAAAUGAUGUGAUGUAAAUAAAUGCAUACGAUGAUAAAUUCUCAUAAACUUUGCUGGCAUUUUACAUUCAACUUGAUGAUACUAUAAUAACUACGAACUUAGAAAUAUAUACAGUGUCAGAUGCUCUUUCAAGCACAGGAGGUUUAAUUGGAAUUGUAACAAUCAUUAUAAAAAUAAUGGUCAACUAAAUCUAAAAAGAUCUGUAUGAACAGUCAUUAGUCAAAGAUCUUUUUUAGAUAUAAUAGGACAAGUCUGGUUCGAUAAAUGAGCCAAAGUAAUCAUAAGUUCAAGAUCAAAAUUUAAAUCUUAAAUCUGUAACCUCGGAAGAAUAAUUUUAAAGUUAGUUAAGUUAAUUACAUACUGAUAGAAAUUAAGGAAGACUUAGAUAAAUAUUAAUCAAUAUCAAAUGCUGA